UUUUAGAUGACGACAGCGGUGUCUGGCUGCAAAUUUUGCGAUAUCGCAAACUAUAAGAGAGAUUUACACCUCAGAGAAUCGGACAAGUGUGUAAUUAUACGUGAUAUCAAACCGAAGACUCCACAUCAUUUCCUAGCCGUUAGCAAAGCUCAUAUCAACAAGCCCUCUGAUCUGACCGCUGCCGACAUUCCGCUCUUGGCGGAUAUGGAAAAGACCGGACGCGAAUAUCUCCGUGCUGAAUUGAAGGCAAGAGGAGAAGCGGACACAGUUGAAGACUUGCUAAGGGUAGGAUUUCAUUGGGGACCGCUGAUCACUGUCAAUCAUCUUCAUAUGCAUAUAUUGUAUCCUAUAAGCGAGCUCGGUUUCUUCUCGCGAAAUGUGACAUUCCGCCCUGGCAAAGUUUUCCGUACCACCAGCGAGAUUGUUGGUGAACUGAAGAAAGCUGCCAAUAUACCAGAUCCGCUCCAAGAAAACCCCGCGAAAGAUGACAACCCAGAUAGGCUUUCAGCACAUGCGGUCGCCAAUUAGUCGGUUCUUUCUUUUUAUUCAGCUUCUUUUUUUUAUGUGAUUCAUUCCUUCAUCUCGCCAUCAUCGUCUUUUUGAACACAAACGAAAGGACGGAAGCCAAAUAUUGUGAAAUUGAGUUGCGUAGCAGCUGCAUGACUUACGUAGUAAGCAAAUAGGUUUUGACACAAUGAAAUCCUUCAGUUUCAUGCGAAAUUUUGCCAAAUGAGAUUAUCAAGUUUUAUCUCCUUAGUAACACAUUGCUAUCAAUCACGAUAUUUCUCAGUGCUAUAUUGUAUCCUCGAAUUAUUGGUGCCUAUGUCUUAUAACCAUCUCUGUUCAUCAUAAUAUUCUGUAUAUAAACGAUUCCAAAGACAGCUUUGGCAGACUUUCACCAUCCAGAUAACUUUGUCGUGCCCCUAUUCACCUCUCCAGCACAACUCCCCAUUUUUUGAGUCGAUGCUGAAGACUUCUAAAAUAGCC